AUUGUUUUUCCUGGGUAACAAACGGAACAAGUUACUGGACUUGACUUUGUUUACAGCGAAGGCCUUCUCUGCAUUACCAACACGCCACUAAUUUGAGCCCUUCUCACAAAUUCAGAUCCAAAAUCCACAGCAGGUUAGUCACGUCAGAUCCAAAUUCACUCUUUUCUUUUGCUAACAGAGGUUUUGAACAUUUUCAGGCAUUUCGUACAGAUGAAGAAGAACAAAUUAUGGGCAAAAGUCAGGUCCCGAGUCCGUUGGGAUGAAACAAACCUGGGAGAAAUAGAGGCCAACAAGCCUGUAAGACAGAAAAUAAAUGAACCUAAAACACCUUACCAUGCACCACAAUAUGAAGAUGGAUCUGUUUCACCACUAUCGGAUAGAGAAACUUCUUUGGGUGAUGCUGAACAUGCAGAAGCAGUACGAUCUGCAUUAAGUGAAGUUGCAUCUUCAAGCAGAGAAGGAAGAAGGCAAGGCAAUGGUUGGACAUCCUCUGAGGAUGAGGGUGAUGCAACAGAACAUGAUGAUGAAGAUUCUGGAACUGUUGUCAACAAACUGAGUGGCAACAGAUUAAGCUUUAACGAUCAAAGACGAGCACAUUAUGAUGAAUUUCGAAAGGCUAAAGAGCUACUCUGUCAUGGUUCAGCACUUAACGAAGAAGAUGAGGAAGAAGAGAAAGAAAGGUUGGAAUCUGACAGUAACUCCCAAUGAGUAGACACUGAGUAUUUAAGCUUGACAUUUAUGAUAGGUGUUUAGCUUCAUAUCAUCUAAAAUGUAUUCCCUUAUGUUUUCGGUACUGAGCUUUCUUGUUAAGAGGAUUUGAUUACAACCCUUUUGGAUUACAUGGCAAUUCCAAGCAAGGGCAAGAGAGGGUGGAUAAAUCUUUGUCUUGCUUAGCGAUUAACUGGAAUUGAAUUUGUGAAGAAAUUGUUUAUAUUGUAAGAAUUCUAGACUAGUCUAUUGUAUUCUUUGUUUAUUACCAUAUAUUGUCAGAAUUAUUUAAGGAAUUUCAGCAAGUUCAGUUAACUACGACAUGAUAAUUUCCUUUUAAACAGGAGUACAAUAGUCUGAAAGAGCAGAAUUAUAUAUCGGCAAAGACAGUUAAUAUCAAUUUUCUGUUUAUGACUUGAAGAAUAAUGGAAGGCCCCUUCAGUACUUGUUCUAUUUCAA